GGUGGUUUCAAAGACAGAUGUGAAGACAAUGCCAGAGAGUGUUUCAAGGAACCUCACCACAGGUUUAACUGCUUCACUGAUCAGCACAGUCCUUGAAUUUCUUUUAUUGCAAACGGCUCCUUCCACAGCAACCCAUAUUCCGAGAUUAGAGAAUUUCAACAUCUCUACCUAAUGUAUACAUCAUAAGUCCUGUUCUGAACAAUGAAGCCUCAGUCUAGACAGACAUUAAAAUGAAAAGCAUCAAUCAUACAGUAAAGUUAGGCCCUGUGAUGUGAUAAAGGGUUGGUAGUUUUUACACAGGAUUCAAGGUUUCAGAUCACUUCUGAUUUAAGCAAACUCAGUAUUUUUGCAAGUAACCACAACCUGACUUCUCCAUUCAGAAGCCAUGCAUGUGAUAUCAGAUAUUCACCCUGACUCAUGGGUAUUUGUUCUGGCGCACCCUCUGAUACAAAACAUCACCAGCAUUAAAGCAUUACUGGGAAGCAAGAUGGAGAGGAGACAGGUCACAGUGAAAAAUUUCCAGCUGGUUUCAUACAACAGGUUUGAUUCCUCUGAAGACAAGGAUGGAAUGGAUGAGGACAAUCUGGCCAAUCAGAACGUCAGGAUCAUCAGAUCAGAAGAUGGUCCUCCAGUGAGCAGAUACUACAGACUAGCAGCAGUUUUUUUGACCCUACUGUGUGUUCUCCUGAUCUUUGCUGUCUUGGGGCUGUGGGUCAAGUUUAACAACCUGACUACAAAAAACACUGAUUUGCAAACUCAUUAUAACAACCUCAUUCUUAAAAACGACCAGCUUGAAAGCAGCAACAACAACCUGACUGUUGAGAGAGACCGACUAAAAACAAGCGACAACAACCUGACCAUCAAGAGAGACUGGCUACAGACCAGCUACAACAACCUGACCAUCGAGAGAGACCGGCUACAGACCAGCUACAACAACCUGACCAUCGAGAGAGACCGGCUACAGACCAGCUACAACAACCUGACCAUCGAGAGAGACCGGCUACAGACCACCAACAACAACCUGACCAUCGAGAGAGACCGGCUACAGACCAGGUACAACAACCUGACCAUCGAGAGAGACCGGCAACAGACCAGGUAUAACAACCUGACCAUCGAGAGAGACCGGCUACAGACCAGGUACAACAACCUGACCAUCGAGAGAGACCGGCUACAGACCACCAACAACAACCUGACCAUUGAGAGAGACUGGCUACAGACCACCUACAACAACCUGACAAUAGUGAGAGCGCGGGACCAGGAGAAAUGUAAAGCGCUAGCUAAUAAAAUAAAUAAACUGCAGACAAACUACAGCAGCUUGGCAAACCAGCAAGACCAGUUACAAAAGGAAAAAGAGAGACUUCAGAACAACUUUGGAGAGCUAGCUGCACAGGCCAGGUUAGGAUGGGUCUACUUCAACUUCAAUCUUUACUUCAUCUCUAAUGAGAAGAAAAUCUGGCCUGAAAGCAGACAGGACUGCAAAAAGAAGGGAGCGGACCUCGUGAUUAUCAGGACCAAAGAGGAAGAGGAUUUCCUUGUUGAGCAGCUGGGCAGCGAUAAGGCGUGGAUUGGUUUAAAUGACAAGAACACAGAGGGGGUUUGGAAAUGGGUGGAUGGUACAUCAGUGACCACUGCGUACUGGGCUCCAGGGGAACCGAAUGAUGCAGGUAAAGGGGAGGACUGUGCUGAGCUUUGGGGAUUUAAAGAAAAACAAGGCUGGAAUGACGGGCCGUGUAGUGACAAAGUGAGAUGGGCCUGUAAGAAACCUUUUCAUACUUCUCAGUGAUUAAACGAAUCUGUCGGUCAUCCAAGGUUUCCAGAAUUCUUAAAGCAUCCAGAGUCGAUGCACUGUGCUACUGUGAGAUGACUGGACAAGAACAUAAAGCCAAAAGUGUUCCCAAAUAAAUAAAUAAAUAAUAUAAAAAAAUAAAGUGGACAGUAAGUGUAUAUUACUCUACUAAAAAAACAAAUACUAAGCCAGGACAAAUGUACUGUUCGCUAGCUACUUGUGUUUGGCUAAUUUAACUGUAAUAGCAUUUUUUUUAUUUUUUUUACUUAUGUAGACAAAACUAAAACUAACAUUUUCUUUAACACCCAGUGUAACUUUAGUAGUAAGACACUUCACAUAUGGCUGUUUGUGGUUUUACUUUUAUUUCACUAUUUAAGAAAAAUCACCAUGAUCUUAGCCUAGACUUUUUAAGUUUACUUAAAUGAUCUAACAGUUUGCUGUAAACACUGUACAAUAUUAUACUUGUUUGUUUUGUAAAUUAAUGACUCAAACGCUUAUCAUCCACGGAUUCUAAAUACAGUGAAACCUUUGAUUACGAGCAGAAUGUUUAAGAGUGUUUUGGAAUUCGAGCCCGC